GAUUGCCUAAAUUGCUGUUUUUGCUAAAUAUGAAUUAUAAACAUUAUUUUGUCGACUUAUCAUGUCAGCGUAAUUAAUUUAAAUUGCUUGUGCGUACAGUUGUAUGUGGCAGCAGUAAUUGAUAUAAACUAUCAUGGAGGAAAAAGCUUUUCUAUGGACGACUGAACUUACCAAAAAAAUGCUGGAACUUCGGUUUCAGAAUGACUGGUUAUUUAAAAAGAAGAAACAGCCGUGGGCGGAGUUUCGCACAAUCUUAUUGGAAAAUGGAUACCCAGAAACUAUGACACUAAAUCAUGUGCGGAAGAAGUGGUCUUACACUUAUGAUUGCUACAAACUUGCUAAUAAAACAAAAAAUAAGAGUUGGAAGUACUAUAAAAUGUUUGAGAAACAUUACGGUAAAACCAUUUUGGAUAAAUAUGAGUCAUGGGAUGAUGAGUGGCGAUUGAAGCUAGUAAUAUGUAUAUCAGAGGCAAAGGAGAUGAAAGUGGAUUACCAGCACUUUUGGAGGACUGUGGAGACGGCAAUGAGAAGCCAGGAUCUACCUGCCGACUGCUGCGUACAAGACAUGAAGGGACUUUGGCAGCACAUCAUCACCACAUUCAAUAGAAAAUACCGCCAAAAACUGAAAAAAGACGUAGACAUCGGCUGGCCGCUAUACGAGGCCAUGCUGAGUUACUACCAGCGCUGCGACCCCGACUACCUGGUGCGUUUGGAGACCGAGACGCCAUUGGAGUUCUUCAGUCGGUGUCGCAAGUCCAGCAACAAAUAUGUUAAGAACAAGGUUCAGGAGAAUGAGACUGAUGAGUUUCAGUGGUCCAAAGACAUUACUGAGACGUUCAUUCAAAUACGAUUACAGAAUGACUGGCUGUUCAGAGAAAGGAAAUGGGCUUGGAAUGACCUUCUGAACAUAAUGAAGCAAGAAUAUGGCUUUCCUGACACUCUGAACGGUAGAGAGAUAUGUCGGAAAUGGGCGGCGACAUUUGGGGAAUACCAGAAGGCAAAGGCCACUAACAACAAAAGUUGGAUCUACUACACAUUAUUCGAGUUAUAUUUGGGUGAGGAGCGACUGAGCCUUAACCCCCUGGUGGGAUGGCAAGAAGAAUGGGUCUUGAACCUCAUAAGCGCAAGAACAGAAUUGGAUUAUUUAUUUAGGUAUACCAAAUACCGGGACCAAAGUGCUGCAUGGAGGGAAGUGGAGAAAAAACUUCGUGGUGUGGGUGUCCCUGUAGACCACAGUCUGUUGGAUCUGGCGGAGAUGUGGACGCAUCUUUUAAAAACAUUUAAGUGGAAACGCAAGUUCGCCAACAAGGGUAUCCUCAACGAGAAAUGGGCAUACUUCGACGCAAUGUCUCAGUACGAAUUGCUGCAGACCAAGCCCAAGAUCAAACAGCAGACAGACGAUGACAAUUAUGACCAUGUGGACCAUGAAGACCAUGUGGACCAUGAAGACCAUGUAGACCAUGUGGACCAUGAUGAUGAUUUCGAAGACGAUAUCAAGCUGUUGGAUUUGAAACAAAGGUUGAAUCCAAAGAUAGAAGUGACGGAGAAGCAAUGCCGCUCUUGCUUCGGAUCGGGCGCAUGCGUAGACCUUUACAGGACGGAUGAGGAGGGCGUAGACCUGGCCUCCAAGCUGCGGGUCAUCGGAGGCAUCGAGAUGGACAAAUCCGAUAAACUCCCAUGGCAAAUAUGUAUCCACUGUCUCAACGAUCUAGAGCAAGCAUACAAAUUCCGACGGAAAUGCCAAGACGUAGACAAACACUUCCGCGCCACAAAAUCUAUCAAAAUCGAAGUAGCCAUAGAUGACCAUGAUAACAAUGCAUUAGACAAACAAGACCAGGACACGGGAGACGUAGAUACGCAUUUCGAUGAUUUCCAUGAUACGGAUAUGAAGCAGGAAAAGAAACUACCUAAAUCGCAGUCGAAGAAGAUAAUAGUUAGGAAGAAAAAGAAGAUGCGCAAAAUGAGGUACGACUAUUGGAAAGUGUGUGAAAUCUGCGGGAAACACACAAGGAACCUGCGCAGCCAUCUAGACAUGCACUCCACCGGAAAAUUCUACUCCUGCGAUGUAUGCGACAAGAAGUUCAAGUUCAAAAGCGGACUCGUCAUACACAAGGCCGUCCACAACCCCACGCCGAAGAAAACUUGCGAAGUCUGCGGGAAAACCUUUCAUAUCCUCGCACAGUACAGAAGACACUUCGUACAUCACGCGAAUCAAAGGAACCACGAAUGUGGCACUUGUGGCAAAAGAUUCAAUACCUCAGAGAUUUUGACGGUGCAUAAAAGGACCCAUACUGAUGAAAGACCCUUUACUUGUAAUGAAUGUUGGAAGACGUUCAGGACGGCCGGCUGCGUGAGUCGACACAAGCGUAUUGUACAUAGAAAAGCAGUAAAGAAUCAAUAUUGCUUGAGGCUGUUGUGGGUGGCGGCCGCGCUGCUGCUGUGGAGUCCGCACGCGCAAGCCAGGAAUGUCACACACGAAGACAUCCGCGACGCCAUGCUGUCGCUAGUUCACAUGUUCCGCACGUCAGAAGACAAGCUCGAGAGACACGAGUACCGCGAGAAAGCGCUGGGAGAACAGCUCAAGAAGAUGCUAGGGGUGCUGGAUAAGAAACACCGCGCCUUGGAGCCGCUUAAAGGAAUGAUAUCGCGGUUGGAUGAGAGGCUGUCCAAUGUGGAGACGAUACUGUUGCAGAAAGAGCAACGCGAAAAGACAACACAGAAGGCGACCGAGGAAGCGCUAGAUGGCAUCCAGAAGAGCCUGCAGUCUCUAACCGCGAGCGUGGGCAAGAAACCCGCGGAGUUGGACAACAAUCUGACCACUGAUGAGGACCCGGUCGGGCGCCGCCUUGAUGCCACGGACCUGAAGAUCGAUGCGGUUAAGAAGGAGAUUGAGAAUUUGAAAAAUGCUCUUAGCAAGGACAACCUCCGCUCCAUGUGCCUUGACGCAGCACUCGACGGCGGCCACCCGUUCAACAAGCACAUGUCGGACGCCGAGAAACUCCUCAACAAGUACGAGUUGAAGCUAAGCGAGUACAACGGGACGCGCGUGCAGACUGACUUCGUGCCCCUCAGCGAGGUCUCGCUAGCCGACGAGGCUUGGCACAGCAAGAUGACCGAAGUGAUGGAACGCCAAGAGAAGGAGGUGAAGAAGAUACAGCAACUCCUCGGCGACGCUGAGAGCAUGUGGAAGGACCUUCCUCGGCUAGCUGACCUGCGGUGGUCGACCAACCUGACGCUGGACGCCGUAGCUGCUGCCGGCGCUAGUCUCACGGAGAAUAACGAGCAGGGUGUAUCUAAAGUCGUAACCAAGCUUCGGGAGUUGAGCGACCGUCUCACGAGAACCAACGAGGAUAUCCAGCAGAGCUUGACGCAAGGGAACACGCUGAGCGAGCGAGCGCUUACAGAUAUUUCUAGGAACUACAUCGCUCUUCAUGCAGAGGUUCAAGCAUUGGCAAAGGACGAGCACGUGAUGCAAUCGACAGCGGACAACGUACUGGCGACGAAGAAGCGUAUCGAGUACGGCGUCCACCAGAUCCUAGUUGAAGUAGGAGAGCUGGUCCGCGCGCAGGGCUCACGGCUCAACAAAUCUGUUAGCGACAGAUUUGACAGCAUAGAGCUGAAGAUGAUCGAGAACCAUGCAGCAGCCCUGAGUAACACCAGCGCCAAGAUUGAAUCGGAAAUGUCGCAAGUUUGGCGGCAGAUCGGCGUCAUGUACCAGCAGAUGACCGCCAACCAGCGGUCGUUGGAUAAACUCACUGAGCAGACCGACCAGUAUGUAAAUACUACCGCCACGACAUUGGACGGCAUGAAAGGAAAGGUCAGCACAAUCACGACGCGGAUGACAGAAGUAAACGAUAACCUGAAUUACCUGCUGGGAAGGUUAUCCCUGGUCACCCAGGAGUUCGGGCAGAUCAAGACGGGGCUGGGAGACGCGCUCGACAAGCUGAAGGACAGUAUGGACACGGUGCAGACUAAAGUUAAACUUGAAGACGCAGGCCCCGGACCUCACAACAUCACCAGCGCGGAGAUGGCGCCGUGAGCACAGAAGAUGCCAAAUAUCUAGUGUAGUGUAGCCUUAACAACAACUAACCCAAUGUAAAGGUGCUCUUAUACCUACCAGAACCCAGUUUUAAAAGCUACAAGUUUACGGGUAGAAAACGGCGUUUGACACACGUAUAAUGAGCGGCAUUUUGGUCAGUUUUGCCAUUUUACACCAGUAAAAUUGUAACUUGUAGGUUUGAAAAUGCGCCCCAGGAAUAGUAAUAUAACCUGUAAUACAACAAGUGGAAGUCUCUUUUUAACAAAUAGAGAUAAAAAUAAACUUCUGUGUAUAUGUGAAGUUGUGAAGCAUUUAUAAAACGGAAAAGCACCUUGGAGAUGUUUGCAUUAGGCUGACAGUAGGCAAGAAGCCUGCUGUUAGUGAUUACGCAGCGUACUACGUAGGUGAACAACACGCGAACGCGAUGCGAAGCGAUGCGGCGCGGGGUGAAUCAAUCCUUUGAUACCUAUUGUGUCCUACGUGGGCGAUCUCUUUGCGAACGCGAACGCCUUGGGCCCGCCGCGCCGCGCCGCGUCGCGUUCGCGAGUUGUUCGCUUACGUAAGACGGAGCGUUAGAUACUGUUGGGAAAUGUGGCCUAAUGUAAACGUGCCGCAAUACGACUGAAUUUAACUUAGCAAUUAAAAUAAAACUCAUGUUUUAACUUUUGCAAAUAUUUAAUCUCUUUCAUAAUUGUGGAUCUAUAUAUUUAUAUUGUACAAGUAAUAUGAUACAAUUACAUUUGAUUGCGACAGAAUGCUGACGUCACUGAGUGAGCACGAGCACGAAACCAGCAAGUAGUGACCGACCACUGUACAAUCAUACAAUAUUGAUAUAAUAAUUGAUCUUAAAUAAUAUACACACAAAUUAUUUGUCUCCCUU